AUGGAGCAAAAACAAUGCUAUUUGGAUGAAUUUGAACAAGUGGAAGGCAUUCGCCUGGAGGGUAAAUCAGGACUGAAGAAUUUGUUAGAAAAAGCAGCCAAUAAUAUUGAGAAGCAAAAAGGAAAUGGUUUUGAAUUCAAAAGACAAAAGGAAAGACGCCCCAAAACAAUUGGACAGAUGAAUAGCGAAAAUAUAAAUAAGACUUGUUAUUCCAAGAUUGGCCCACCAAAUUUUAUUCCUACUUUUACAAAAAGGAAAAUAUCUCGUCCAAAGAAACGUUUACGCAUAGACGCAUUAGGACCAUAUUAA